UUUCCCGCUUUUUCUUUUUUGUCUCUAUUUUCCCAUUGCUUUAUUCCUUGAAUUUCAAGAAAAUCUCACAGUGGCAUUUCCUUUAUUUAGGCAACAAUCUUUGUAAAUCAUGUUUUCGGGGAUUAAGAAAAUGUAUGGCGUGAUAAAGCUGUCUUUUUCACGGACAUGCCCCACCACCUCAGGGACAGCUUAUGAUUUGAAGACAAAAUGUUUGAUGAAAUUCCUCACCCAACUCUUUCAGCAGGAACACCUCUCUCUCUUGCUCUCAAGCUUCCAGUUCCUCUGUCCAUGGCCAAGCAUCACCACCACCAGCUGCCUAUGUCCAAGAGCGCCAGUCAGCGUUGUAAUGAAUGGGUAUUUCGUGAUGUUCCAAGUGACAUAAUCAUUGAAGUAGAUGGGGGUGCAUUUUCAUUGCAUAAGUUCCCUCUCGUUUCACGAAGUGGGCGAAUGCGGAAGUUGGUUGCAGAGCACCGGGAAGCAGAUGUCUCCAAAAUCGAGCUUCAUGGACUACCAGGAGGUGCCGAGUCAUUUGAGUUGGCAGCCAAAUUUUGCUAUGGUAUCAACUUUGAGAUCACAGCCGCAAAUGUUGCUCAGCUGUGCUGCGUUUCUGAUUACCUAGAAAUGACCGAAGAGUACUCGAAGAACAACCUUGGUUCGAGAGCUGCAGAAUAUCUUGAUAGUGUUGUGUGCAAAAACCUCGAAAUGUGUGUCGUAGUCCUUCAGCAGUGUGAAAACUUGCUUCCACUGGCGGACGAGCUACAAAUUGUCGUCCGAUGCAUUGAUGCAAUAGCUUCCAAAGCUUGUGUCGAGCAGAUUGCUUCGAGUUUCUCACGAUUGGAGUACAGCAGCUCAGGGAGGCUUCACAUGAGCAAGCAGCCUAAGUGUGAAGGAGAUUGGUGGAUUGAAGAUAUUUCAGUGCUUCGUGUCGACUUGUAUCAAAGAGUCAUAACCGCCAUAAAAUGCCGCGGGGUGAGGCCAGAAAGCAUUGGGGCCUCACUCGUAAACUAUGCAGAGAAAGAGUUAAUCAAGAAGUCCAGCUUAUGGAAUCAGCCCAACCAGGCUGCAGUUGAUCCGGUGUCGGGUGCAAGCAGUCACGAAAGACUUGUUGUGGAGACGAUAGUUAGCCUCCUCCCAGUCGAGAAAUUUUCUGUUCCUAUCACUUUUCUGUUUGGUAUGCUGCGGAGCGCUGUGAUGCUUGAUUGCUCGGUUUCUUGUAGGCUUGAUCUCGAGAGGAGGAUAGGAUCCCAGCUGGACAUAGCAACUCUAGACGAUCUCUUGAUCCCUUCUUUCCGACAUGCUGGUGAUACGCUGUUUGAUGUCGAAACUGUUCACAGAAUACUGGUUAACUUUUCUCAGAUGGAAGAUAGCGAUGAAGAUAUGGAUGAGGAAUCCGUCUUUGAAUCAGAUAGUCCAUCUUCGCCCUCUCAGACCGCGCUGUUUAAGGUCUCUAAACUUGUCGAUAAUUAUCUGGCUGAGAUAGCACCCGAUGCAAAUCUCAAGCUCAAUGUGUUUGUAGCUAUCGCAGAAACUUUGCCAGCACACGCACGAACUGUCCACGAUGGGUUAUACCGAGCUAUUGAUAUUUAUCUCAAAGCUCAUCAAGCUUUAUCCGAACCCGAUAAGAGAAAGCUGUGCAAACUGAUAGAUUUUCAGAAACUGUCACAGGAAGCUGGAGUGCACGCUGCACAAAACGAACGCCUUCCAGUCCAAUCAAUAGUCCAAGUGCUCUACUACGAGCAGUUAAGACUUCGGAACUCCUUGUUCUGUUCCUAUCCGGAUGAGGAUCCGAAGCCUAUCCACCAGUCGUGGCGGAUCAACAGUGGAGCGCGAAGUGCUGCAAUGUCUCCCCGGGACAACUAUGCUUCUUUGAGACGAGAGAACAGGGACUUGAAGCUUGAGCUGGCAAGGAUGCGUAUGAGGUUAAAUGAUUUGGAGAAAGAUCACGUAUACAUGAAGAGGAAUCUCGACAGGUCCAGUUCAAGAAAACUCAUGAGUUCCUUUUCAAAGAAGAUCUUUAAACUGAAUAUCUUUGCCCGUACCCCUUCACGGGGACCGAGCUCCCCAUCGAAGCACUCUCAAAUAUCUGAGUCUAAGUUUACAGAGAGACCAUAGCCAGUAUUUUCUGAAUCCUUUACUGCUGCUGAUGAGGAACAAUGGAUACAUAAUCUAUAUUCUCGUUUUUGUAACAUUUCGUCACCUCUUUAUCGCGUUCUUGGUCACUAUGUAAAUAGCCUGUUGGGAUUUGCUUAACCAACAGAAAGAUUUGAUUGCAGUAGGAAAAAAGGUUGAAAUAGAGUAUGAAUAGAGUCACUUUGUGUAUGGCCUUGAUAUGCUCUCAUUUCUAGCACACCAUGCUUAGCUUCAACAUGAACAUGCCUUUUGAUGUGGAUUUCUGUCAAUAUAUGUUUUUUUUUUCU